GCGCCAUUUUCUUCAUGUGGAAUGACUGCGCAUUUGCAAAGUUUGGUGUCCCAGCUGUAACAGAAGGUGUGAAAAUUGUUGACAGUUCAGGGACUGAAUUGGAUGAUGAUGUUUUUGAGGAUAUUAUAAAGGAUCCCUCAACUGGGGUGCUAACCAUCAAAUAUGACUCAAGUUUGUUUCAGUUAAUUAGACUAAUUAAUGAAUACGUUAUUUCUUUGUUUUAUGAAGUUCAUGGUGUCUAUUAAAUAAGUGUCUUAGAUUAUGAGGGAACUAUAUAUAAUUCUUUUUCUUCUAAAAAUCAUGGUUAGAAUCUGUCUCCAUGGUGGCCUCUUCUGAGCAAUCCCAACCAUCAUCCCUUGAUACCUUGGACUCUGAGGAUACAGUCAUUAUUUCAGAUAGCCCCUCCAGAAAACGCCAGAGGCUGGAUACAGAAGCCAAGCAAUUGGUGGAAUCAGCUCUUACCAACAAAACCGGUGGGGAACGUAUAAUAAAUGAAUACAACCGAACCAAGUCCUUGACGGAUGAAACAAGACGCAAAAUGGUGAACAUGCUGGCAGCUGACAUGACAGAAAUGAAUGGUACAUCUCCACCCAGACAGGUGAAAGAAAUGUAUGCCAAAGGAAUAGUGACCUUAUUCCCGUACCUCAGUGACCCAUUCUCUAAGAAUGGCUAUGAGCAUUAUUAUGAUGGCGAGAGUGGAACUGGGUACUUGGCCUGGAGGAUUAAAACUAUUCAGAGAGGCACCGCCAAAGACAGGCGAUCAUCAUUCGGAGAAUCAGCCAAAGGAUCAACUGGUGAAGACAUGUCUGGAGGACCGACUGUCAGACGAGAAUCCCAGUUUGUUCCAGAGACUGCCCUGACUGAUGAUGAGUGCAACAAAGCAAUCUCACUGAUGAAACAUUCUGCUGAUGCAGACACAAUCAAGAAGAAAAUGGAACUGACGUUUGUGUAUCGCCGCAAAAUGAUCCUCGACCCCCAGCAGUCAAGCAACAUACUGUCUGAGUUUCCACGUUUUAAAGACGUCAAAAGCUUGGUUGAACAGGAUUUUGUUCUAAUGUUCGGAGAGGAUACCUCAAGCAAGCUUCUGGAAAGGUGGCCGGUCACGUUCAAGAAAAAGAUCAUCAAACAAUGCAGAAAGCUUCCAUCCACAAGUGAGCUUGAAGAACUCUUGCUGGCAGCUGAUCCUCCUGAGGAUGGCACUGAAUUGGAUGUUGACUUUGGUUGGGACAGUGAUCUGUCAUCGGUUUUACUGCUUAUACACCUGAUUCCACCCUCCGCUCAGGGUCGGAAGAGACCAGGAAAGGUUUCCGCAUCCCAAGCAGAGAAACAUCUUGUGGUAUUCAAGAAGACCGGAACAAACAUUCAAGAGCAUCUCGAUGCCAUCACUACUAGCGCUCAGCCCUAUCUCCUAGCUGUUGGAGUUAAGAAGAAUGCAAUCCACCAGUUCUUCAUCAUUAUCGACAAGAAUGCCAUACCUUGCAGGUCAACCUCUUCUCUUGUUGCUUUUGACGAACUAUUUAAGGCACAUUUUGUGUUUGGCACAUCCUACAACACCAUGCUCCACAACAUGUACACUUUCAUCCAAACUACAGUGUACAGCAUCGAUGCUGGCAAGGUCAAAGAGAGCCCUCGUGUUGCUGAAAUCAGGGCGAGGUUACUUCAUUAGUGCUUGAAGUUUCUCCUCGAACAUGAAGUGUUUUGUUUGUCAGGCUGAGUUAUCGAGUUCAAAUAUGCUUGUUAGGCAUUUACGAUUAGUUCACGGUUACUUGCCUGGAAAAAAUCUCCGGCUUAAAUGUGCUCAGACUGGAUGUGGCUGUGCGUUUGGUACGUUUUCUGGUUUUAGGAAACAUUUAAACACAAAACACACUGAGUAUAUUGACCAACAGGUUGACCCUGAUGUUUAUUUAAGCAGCAUUGGAGAGGCAGUGACCACUAAUGUAGAGGAGACAGCUACAACGUCACGGACAGUUAAUGAACACGAGGUAGCCACAUCUACUCUGUUGAAAAAGUCCAACAGGAGCACUCUAGAUAUGUGUGCCUCUGCUGUUGCACAACUAAAAGCAGCUGGAUUAAGUCAAUCUACUGUAAAUAGUUUUGUUUCCUCCAUGGAAGAAGUGUUUUUUGAGAUUCAAAGUCAAGCUACAGAUGCAGCUUUGCAGUGCUUAUCUCCACAGGAAACUGAAAAUAAGAACAGAAUAGAACAAUCUUUGCAAAAGUUGGAAAACCCUUUCACACCCUUAAAUUCAGAAGCUAAA